AGAACUUAUUCAUCCUGCCACUGUCACACAGGCUAUCAGUCUGUCCAGCAUCAGAGAGGUGCACGAGUGCGCAGCGUUGAUUAUAUUUUCCAUCACUUUCCAUUUGACCAGGACUCUGAUUCCACUUAUGCUGCAAGAGACCGGAGUAAACUGUUGGAUUUCACAUUUUGCUCCUUAUUUUUUGUUCUUUUUUCAUUGCAUUGCGUCUCGAAAGAAAUCAUUCUGAAACUGCAUUUGUUAAAUACACGUGUCAAAAUGCCGGUGAGUGCGAGUUUGGCGUAUAAAAACUACGAUUACGACUACGACUCCAUCCAGCCUUAUUUCUACUUCGACAACGACGAUGAGGAUUUCUAUCACCAUCAGCAAGGACAGACUCAACCUCCAGCUCCCAGCGAGGACAUUUGGAAGAAAUUCGAGCUGCUGCCCACACCGCCCCUCUCUCCCAGCCGGAGACAGUCGCUCUCCACCGCCGAACAGCUGGAGAUGGUCAGCGAGUUCCUGGGAGACGACGUGGUCAACCAGAGCUUCAUCUGCGACGCGGACUACUCCCAGUCCUUCAUCAAGUCCAUCAUCAUCCAGGACUGCAUGUGGAGCGGCUUUUCCGCCGCUGCCAAGUUGGAGAAAGUGGUUUCUGAGAGACUGGCGUCCCUGCACGCUGCUAGGAAGGAACUCAUGUCUGACAGCAGCACAAAUCGACUCAAUGCAAGUUAUUUGCAGGAUCUGAGCACCUCUGCAUCAGAAUGCAUCGACCCCUCAGUGGUCUUUCCAUAUCCCCUCACAGAGUCCAGCAAAUCCAGCAAGCUUGCUCCAUCAGAACCCAUGCUUGUCCUGGACACUCCACCUAACAGCUCGAGCAGCAGUGGCAGCGAUUCUGAAGAUGAAGAAGAGGAAGAGGAGGAAGAAGAAGAAGAAGAAGAAGAGGAGGAGGAAGAAGAAGAAGAAGAAGAGGAAGAAAUUGAUGUGGUGACCGUGGAAAAGCGUCAGAAAAGGAACGAGGCGGAGGCGUCAGAAUCGAGGUACCCCAGUCCCCUGGUGUUGAAGCGUUGUCAUGUCUCCACCCACCAGCACAACUACGCUGCCCACCCCUCCACGCGGCACGACCAGCCGGCUGUCAAGAGGCUACGAUUGGAGCCCAGCAGCAACAACAGCAGCAACAGGCAUGCGAAGCAACGCAAGUGCACGAGUCCUAGGACAUCGGAUUCUGAGGACAAUGACAAACGCAGGACUCACAAUGUUCUGGAGCGCCAACGCAGAAACGAACUCAAACUCAGCUUUUUCGCACUACGGGAUGAAAUCCCUGAGGUUGCAAAUAACGAGAAAGCUGCUAAAGUGGUUAUUCUAAAGAAGGCGACAGAGUGCAUCCACAGCAUGCAGUUGGAUGAGCAAAGGCUGCUGUCAAUCAAAGAACAGCUGAGGCGAAAGAGUGAACAGUUAAAAAACAGGCUGCAGCAGCUGCGGAGUUCACAUUAAUGGAUCUGUGUCACAAGAGUCAAAGUGAAAAGACUUUUUAAGAGACCCCCUCCCACUGCUUUUUUUAUGCAAGUUAAACUGUUGGUGUGUAUAGUUCAUGUUGCAUGUCCAAUGCAUUUUUUUUUUUCUUUUGAAUAUUGUCAGUUCUUUUCAUGUUUAAAACUGCCAGUUUAAAAUUUAAGGUGGUUAAAGUAAUUUGUAUUUAAGUCAUUUAUUUUUAUUAAUAAAAUGAGAAAAAAAAUAGGGCUGCACAACCCUAAAGUAAAAUUUUUUUGUAUUUUUUUGUAUAUAAUGAAUUAAUAUUUCCUAAGAAAGGUAUUUUUGGAUCUGUAUCACCUAUGUGUUCUCAUAAACCAUAUUCUGUUUCACUAUAUGGUUUUUUUUUCAUGUUUUCACAUAAUCAUAAAUGAAUUUCUUUCUGAACUUGA